GUUUCAAACUGCACAGUCGUUGCUCUACUUUGCUUGUGUUCGUGUUGACCCUAUUAGUCGUGUGCAGGCAAAAACCGUUUCAACAGCAACAACUGUAGAUGCAGUAAAUAUAGACCAGCAGCAGGACUGAAGGAGUAGGACUUGAUGUUUAUGACGUGUUGCGCGAAGCUACCGCUAGGUGCGCUGUACAAACGUCGCCGAGCGAAUGCGCUGGCCUGAGAUAGCUAGCAUCACACUUGAUUCUUCACAGGAAAACGAUGGCGGACAAUCGGGGAAGAGAGUUAUGUGUUGGGGGGAAACCUAUUUCAUCCCUACGCGUCGUUGAUUUGAAACAGGAACUAGAAAAAAGGAGCCUCCCGAAAUCAGGAAGCAAAAAGGAUUUGCUAGAGCGGCUCAGAUUGCACCUGCAAUUAGAGGAAGACCGCGAGGCUGCCUUAGCUGAUGAAGAGCAUGUUCCAAACCUUUCGCUAUGCAAUGAAACUGAAAAUGAUUUCAUUCGUGAAUACUUGGCUGCACAGCAGGCCAGGUUCCAAGUACAAAGAGAAGCCAAGAAACAAUAUGAAGAAAAGAAGCGUGAAUCAGAAGCUAGUGCUGAAGAAACAACUCAAGACGAGGAUGAAGCGUCUGAUGUAUCUCCAACCAAAAAAUCUCCCAGAAAAGCCAUGAGGCCAAAGAAAAACGAAGAGUCUACAUCUACGCCAAAAGCGCACAAAUCCGCCCUGGAUUUUCAAACACCAGAGUCGAUGCCUUACUCCACUCCACCACAAGAAAAGCGAGAUGAAGACGGGGCGAGACACGAGAGUGAUACCACCGGUGAGGAGGAAGAAUCCAUGACUCCCCAGACCCGUAAACAUAAGCUACUCAAAUAUGUUCAGCAGCCUGCCUCUAGUAAGGGUCCUGGUAAGUCGGAUACCGGACAAUUUUCAAUUGCAGACCAUGUGGAUAGAUAUCAAGGGAGUGGGACAUCAGAAAGGCGGGAUCCACCGCCUUCCAGUCUCUAUGGUGAAGCCAUCAAUUUGAAGGUGGAAAAAGAGAAAGAGAUUUCACCUGUUAAGAAAGAACCCUCACCGGUUAAAAAAGAAAUCCCUUCACCGGUUAAGGUAGAAACUCCUUCCCCCGUAAAGAAAGACGGACGAGUAUUGCGAGGACAAAAGGCGCAUAGUGUGAAACCUCCACCCACCGAUGUGUCUGAGGAUGAGGAGGACGACGACGAAGAAGAAGAAGAAGGAGUCUUUCCCCGUCUUGUCGAGGUCUGGUCAGAGAAAGAAAGAGAGGAAGAAGCUGCAGCUUCGGCCUCGGCUGAAAAAUCUUUAGCACACAAAUCGGAAAAACCUAAAGAAAAUGUUGAACAUCCUUCGUUGAAUGUUAAACAGGAAGACCCUGAACCCCACAAGCCCGUUGUCACCGUUGUAACCCUUGUUGAAAAGUGUAGCGAAGAAGAGUCGAAGGAUGUAGCGCCUUGCGCUACCGAUCCGCUAGCAGAUAAUCCAAGCAAGACAGAAACCAUUUCUGUCGAGGAUGAAGCAAAACCGGUUAAAAGCGAAUGCGCGGUAGAAGUACCACCAGUAGAAUUAGUUGUAGAAAAAGUUAAAAUCGAAGAAAAAAACGUAGAAAAGGUAGAGGAUGUGAAGGAGGAUGAAGCGUUAGAUAUGACCACGGAUAGCAAGGUAGAUGAAGCUUCUCAAAAAGCGGAUCUCGUAAUUUUAGAGGAAAAAGUAGAGACUGCAAAGUUAGAGGAACCGGUUGCGAACUCCUCAGAGAUUGAGGUGCCUGAAAACGAUACUGUCGCCGCUUCUGUAUCUGUUGUGGAAAUCGUACCGCCCGCUGAAAUCGAAGAACCGAUUGUAGAUCUCGUAACUGUAGAAAAGACAAAUGUCCCCUCUGAAACCCCCAAUAGAGAUAUUUCAAUCACGGAAUCGGAACCCGAGAAAAUGGAUCAGUGUGAAACUACACCAACCGAUCAAUCCGAGCCAGAGAAAACGGAUCUGUGUGAAAAUAAACCAAUCGAGGAAUCCGAGCCUGAGUUGAAGUAUCAACCCGAAACGAAAGAGCCUGAGUUGAAGGAUCAGCCCGAAACGAAAGAGCCUGAGUUGAAGGAUCAGCCCGAAACGAAAGAGCCUGAGUUGAAGGAUCAGCCCGAAACGAAAGAGCCUGAAUUGAAGGAUCAGCCCGUAACGAAAGAGCCUAAAGAAGAAGUUACUAAACCUACCGAUUCGCAAGAAGAUAGCGUCGAUUCACCCCCGGUUAAGGCUGUGACUGCAAUGGCUGUCGAAAACGAAACGCCACCGUUGAUCAAAUCAGAUGUGUGUGAGCAACCUGUUGUCAAAGUAGACCCAGUUCCUGAAGAACAACCCACUGAUGACAAUGAAGAAGAUGAACUUCAGAUGGACACCACUGAAACAAUUGAUGAAAGCCUGAAACUUACAGAAGCACCUGAAGCAGAAGAAGUUGCUGACAAUCGUGACCAGGGGCGUGAAAAAUCAAGUUCCAGAUCACCUAGCCCACGACAAAGCAGCCCAGAAGUUGAGAGAAACAGGAAUGGAAGGAGUGUAUCACCCCAUGACACCAAACAGAAGGUUGAAGUAGCACCUCAGUCUGAAGUAAUAAAAGGAGACACAGUGAGAAAAUGGAAAAUAAGGAAACAGUUGCCUAAUGUUGAGGCUGAAUCAGGAGAAACUGAAGCACCAAGAAAACGAAGAUGGGGAACUAGCCAGCUUCUGCCUACCAAGAAGCCUGCCUUAGUUAUUUCCACAGAUUCCCUUAAGUCUCUCGUACCGGAUGCUAAACCACUCUCAGCGGAAGAAGUUCGCCUCGGCAGUCCUAACUUUCAACCCUCAACAAAACCCACCGUUAAUCAGGCCCAAGAAAGUGAAGACCAUCAUUUACCAGCUGCUGAAAAAGUUGAAAAAAUGGAGGAUGUGAGACGUGUAGCAGUUGAAAUUGCGGCCGAAGCCUUCGCCCCUGCAAAACCAGAAGUUGUUCUAGCUGCUGCUGCCCCAUUAUUAGAAGCAACUAGUCCAGCCCAACAACCUCGAUCAUCCGUUCUUAAUGUUUCAAAUUUGGUUCGACCAUUUACUAUUAAUCAGCUUAAAGAAUUGCUUGCUCGUACUGGACACCUCAUCGAUGGAAAGUUUUGGAUUGAUAGAGUCAAGUCCUCUUGUUUGAUCCAGUACGAAACUGAAGAAGAAGCUGAAGAAACUCGGGCUGCCUUACACGGAAUUCAUUGGCCUACAUCUAAUCCCAAAACCCUCCUGGUUGAUUACUCAACUGUAGAAGAAUUAGAGAACCGCAUGUCUGGUAAAGAAACAACCAACCCACCUGUAGCCAAAAUUGAACCAACAAUGCGAGCGGCCGCCGCAGCCAUCCAGUCCAUUGAAGGGAAGCGAGACAAGGCUGAAAAAGUACGCGAAUGGGAUUUGGGAAAAACUGGUGAACAAGGAUCCGAGAAAUUAGAGCAAGCCCACAAAGGAGCACACCCCGCUGGGGAAGACGAUGGAGAACUCAAACCAAAAGACGAAACGCCCGCCAAACUGUUGGACGAUUUGUUCCGAAAAACCAAAGCCGCUCCUUUCAUUUAUUGGUUGCCCCUGACUGCAAGUCAAAUUGCAGAGAAGGAAGAGAUGCGUCGCCAGAGGCUUGCUGAAAGAGAGACUCGUAUACGAGAAGUUCAGCAACGCAGGGACGAAGAGCUGCAACAGCGACAACGUGAAAGAGAGAAACAGCGUGAAAACGAGCGCGAAAGGCAGCGUGCUCGGGAACGAGAUCGUGAAAAGGAACGCGAAAAAGAUCGCCAACGCUCUCGCAAACGCAGCAGAUCUUCAUCUAGAAGCUCGUCGAGCACUACCUCAUCAAGUCCGAACAAGAGACGGAACAACAGUAAAACGCCCCCACGCAAGAGAUAAAGAUGACGAAUAUUUAACAAUCUUCAGUCACAACACUGAUUGGUUCGGAGAAGAUUGGGCUAGAAAGAAACCAAUCAGCUGCAAGAUGACUACAACUACUCUUGAAUUGGGAGACGAGUUCUCGAAUUGUACGUGGAAGAAAACACCUUGUUCUUUUUUAAUUAAAAAUUUAGAACUUACGGAAAAUACCUUAUUCCCUAAUUUCCUUCACUCUUUUAUCCCCUUGUACACCUGCCACGUUUAAUCGUACCCCUUCCCGUUUUACCUCUCCAUUCUUAUCCCUUGCCUUAGUUACCUUUCCCCUCUUUCUUUCCCUACUACCACCUUCUGGAUAAUCCGUUUGUUUGCAGGUCUAUUGUAGCGAGCCAUCCAAUCUAAACUUUCUGAACGGGAAUUUUAUAUCUUUCAGCAGCCGUUCAACUUGUGUGUGUUAACCCCUCAUUGUCACCGAGGAUCGGCGAUUGAUUGGGGAAAAGCAGAAGAUGUCACAAACAUAACAGAAAGAACCUAUGAUGUGAAGAUUUACUUUAGCUUGAUGUAUGGGGCUACUCGGAAAAAAUCCCUUGGUACGUUGUUACCAGACUGCUUUCUGGUUUCAACCAACGCAUACCGUCACUGACACAUUCAACCCAAAUGUUCUGUUACGGGUUGAAUUAUGCCUGUUUGUUCUCCUCCCUGUAAUUGUCUGACUCUCACACCUUAAGUUCCAAUGGACUAAUUUACAAAUUGUUUGAUUGGUUGGCGUACAAAUUCCAAUCGCUUGAAAAGGCAUCCUACACUGUAUUACGUAAAUACAAAGUAAUGAACUCCA